AUUCCCAUUUUGAUUAAUUGAUUUAUUCGGUGUGGUAACACUGAAAAAUUGAUAUCUGUCAUACAUUUCAAAAGAAACAAAACAAUUAAUUCGUAUUUGGUUCAGAAAAAUGACAAAUUUAAAGUAUUUUGCUGUGAUUCUUUUAUAUCUUUUAAAAUAUCAAAGCAUAAUAACAAGAAAUUCAAUUAAACAGAGAAGAGAGCGUGGGGUAAGUUAUUAGUUGACGUUCAAGUUAAAAGUUUUCCAAUAAUAAAUCCUAUUGGCAGAUUACCCGUGUAAGCUAUGGAAGACUUCGAGUGUUUUCAGAAGAUAUCGAUGCAAUUCUCAACAACGAUGAGAUCAAAUGUCGUGAACAUUUGCGGUUGAAAUGCCAGGAAAACGGAUUGGUUGGACAAAUGAGUAUGAACUCGUUGUAUUCCUUUACUGGAUAACAUCUGGUUGCAGCUAUCGACUUGCUGGUGGCUUUAUUGGAAUGAGCAGAUAUACAGUGAAAAGCGUUGCGCACAAAAUGCUUAAUUUUUUUUGCGGAUCCAUGCGUCAUCUCAUUAAAUAUGUUCAACCUAAUAACUAUGAGGACAUUGGCUAUAGAUUUUGCAGACGUUCCAAACCUAAUAUAUUUCAAAAUGUAAUAGGAGCUAUAGACGGCACUCAUAUCAGGAUACUUUGUCCUGUAAGAAAACAUGACGAAUAUUUAAACUAUAAACGUUUUUAUUCGAUCCAAUGUCAAUCUGUUGUUGACAGCAAAUUGAUGUUUAAUGACGUUUUUGUUGGAUUCCCUGGAUCAGUACAUGACACUCGUGUUUUGAAAAACAGUCAACUAUACAAAAGUGGCAAUUAUCCAAAGCAACCCUAUUACUUGCUGAGAGAUAGUGGAUAUGCGUAUCGUUUACAUCCCAUACCCAUCAUAACACCUUACAAAACACCCAAUUCGAAUGAAAAAAAGUUCAACACCACACAUAGUAAAGCCAGAAACGUUGUUGAAUGUGCUUUCGGAAUAAUGAAAAGCAGAUGGAGAAAUAUUUUAAAUAAAGGGUUGGAGCUUAAAAUUGAAAACAGUAUCAACACCAUUUUAACAGCCUGUAUUUUGCACAACAUCUGCGUGGAAGGUGGUGGUUUAGGUAGAGGUGAUCCAGAAGAAUUAUUUCAUUCCAAUGACAACACUGGUUAA